AAGCGCUGACCCCUUCAGAGGAGAGAAACAGCAAACAGUUCAGAGGCAUCCUGUCCCUGGCAGCCGGCGGGGAGCAGGUGGUACCCCCUUUUCUCCAUCUGCAAAGGAACCCUCACAAAGGGCCGGGAGUGAGCGGAGACUGGAGAACUGGUUCUCGGGGGCGGGACCCACCAAGCCCCACCCCCGCUUCCUAGGUAACCGUCUUAAACAGUGACGCUCCCUUAUUCUCUGGGCGGUUCCGUGUGCCCGGGGAUUGGAGCGGAGCGAGUCCAAAUCCUUAGACCCGAGGCUGCGGUUAUGGAGCCCCAGUCAGACUCGGGUGUCUCGGCCGAGAUGGGAGGUCCCAGGGCGGUGGAGGUCUCGGCAGAGAUGGGAGGUCCCAGGACGAUGGGGGUCUCGGCAGAGAUGGAAGGUCCCAGGACGAUGGGGGUCUCAGAGGUCAUGGAUACCCCCCCGGGAAUAGGAACAGUUUCUACCCCAGAGAAAGGCUUGCCAGUGAGGCGGGUUAUGCCCCCACGGCUGACGUCAUUGACGAUCUCGUCUCCCACGUGCCCCGAGUGCUAUUUUAUGCCAUCUACCAGAUGCUGCCUGAAGGAUAACUUGGAGUACUUGCAGAAAAGCCGGGGGAAGUGCGGGUUGCUGCGCUCCAUGGCGCUUCGCUGCCCCAAGGACACGAGCCUCCUGGGGGACUUGCAGCCCCCGGAAGAGACAAAUGAUGACCUAGGCAUGAACAGUGGUCUGGGAUUAUCAACCCGGCCCCCCACGGCCAGGCACAUCGAUGAGGACCCGGGGGAUCGGGCAAAGAUGCAGGAGAAGCUGGCCGCGCAACCCCCUUUCUGUCCGAAGCCCGACAUGGAGUUAGUGAGUGAGCUCUCAGCGAAAAUCUCGUGCCCGGAGAACUUGGGCCCCUCCGAGGAGGAGGAGCCCCCGGUGGGGUCGGAGAUUGGGCUGCCCAGUAGGGUGAUGCCCAACUUGGAGCCCGAGAGCGAGGAUCCAGUAGGACUGGCGAUCGAGCCACCGGGUUACAUCUUCAAGAUGAAGCCCGAAGAACCUCCAAAGCUUCCGACGGAUUUGGAACCGGGAGUGGAGCCUCCUGAUAAUAUCAGACCCAUUUAUCUUGGGAAAUUUUUUGACCGGAAUCCUUGCUGGCCUUGUGCAGGAAAGCUUAUUCCAGUUGGAUACAGAGCUGAAACCUGUUUGACUGAAAAAUGGCCUCCGCGUUUGACUCCACCCCAUGAGAGGAAGUUCUACAAAGCCAGAUAUCCAGAUCCUGGUACUGAACGGAUAUUUUAUGGCAGAGCAAAUGAUCCUGAUAUUUCUCAUUUGACACAUGGUAAAAAAAGUGAUAAGUCACUCAAGGUAGGCUCAUUGGUUAAUCCACCUCCUAUUUCUACAUUUCAACAAAAAGUGAAGGAAAGGAAAGAAUCUGUCUAUUUCAGUAAUCGGAGAGCGCCGUUAGGGAAGUCCCACGAUCAAACGCAAAAUUUGCCAGAAUGUAUUGAUACAGUUAAUACAACAUUUGGAGUACCAAUCUUCAGAGAGAUAACUGCCAGAGACAUAGUGAAUCCACCCAAAUCCUUUGAACAAGUAUUUGAAGAAUCAAAUCAAGGACAUGAUUUGUAUGUUGUAUCCCACAAUGAUUAUUAUGCAGGGGAGAUGAAGAAUAGGAAAUAUAACCCAGCAAGCUUUUAUAAAUUUCAAACUUAUGGAGCAGAAACGCCACAUUUUAAUGACGGCCGAAACAUAGCAAAAUCUUUACAUUGGCUCCAUGAACUACAAAUGAAAAAAGGCAGUAAAAUAGUUUCCAAAAGAGUUGAUGAUUUCAAUGAAAAGUUUCAACACAAACUUGGAAAAGUCUGGGAUCCUAUUGCAGAGACAAUGAAUGUUCCACCAGACCACACAUUUGGAAUAUUUCUGCGUCCAGAUGAUUAUGGAGCUGCCGACCUCAUUUACAACCGACUGCCAGACCAGUACCUGCGUGGCAAGGACAGGGAGAGGGCAGUCUUUGCAGCAGUUCGUCAGCACCUGAAGAAAGUGAACUAUCACAACUUUGACACUUUGCUGGCAGCAUUCCGGCAUUUCGACAGGAAUGGAGAUGGGUUGAUAGACAAACAAGAGCUCCAGAGAGCCUGUUGUCAGAUGAACCUGGAACUAGAUGAGGCUCUGCUGGAUGAACUGUUUAAUUACUGUGAUCUGGAUAAGGACGGCAGGAUUAAUUACCAAGAGUUCACCAAUUUUCUGAACUGGAAAGACAAAAUGCCCAUUAAGGAAUUUGAAGAAAAGAUUCUCAUCAGAGGGAAAAAAAUGUCAGAAGAUCCUGAAUGCCUCCGUACCACUGGUAUAGAAUUAGAAGGCCAGGUUGCUCCUCUGAUCCAGCCUGAAGAUAUUGUACAAGAAGAACCUGGGAAACCCAUGAAGACUCCCCGCACUCUCUCGAGACCCACAGAUAAAGUAUUUGCUGAUUAUAAAACAACUUCUUCUCAGAUUAAUUCAGUUGUAGGAGGCAUUUCUCCAAUGAGUAUCCACACGUGUGGUGUUCCAACGAUUCGCUCUGACCUCCCUGCCCCUCGUUAUCGUAGCGUCAGUGAUAAAACUAAUUACGGUGAUUCAGGAACUGCAUAUACAUUGCUACACCCAUCCAUCUUCAGUGAAAAGGGAGUAUUUGAAAGAGACUUCUUUAAGGCUAGAUCAAAAGAUGAGAUUGCCCGGAUAUUACAGAAUAUUGGUGUCAACCUUACUGAUGAGAACUUUGAACAUGUGUGGAAUUUGGCUUCUAAGAAACAUCACAACGGAGAAGUUUGUGUAGAAUCUGUGAGAAAUGUCCUGGAUGAAAUGCAGCACGCCAGAAGAAUUAGAAGGAAUCAAGUAUAAUGAGCCUUUUUGUGGAGUUUAUUCCACAAAAAGGAAUGAGCCUUCCUUUGUUCCCUUAAACAUUUACUUUGAUAGACAUUCAGAUUUAUUCUAGUAGUAGAUAUUAUAUUUGA